AGAGCAUUGUGGCGACGAGAGUACAGUAGAGUAGAGUUGUUGUCGGAGAGGGAGGAGGAAGGCUGAGAGUAGACAGGAGGAAAAGCAAGAGUAGAAAAAAAUAGCACAUAAGUAGGAGGAAAUACAAAAUUUAGCAUGGCAUCGGGGGACACCCUGUACAUAGAAGCGGACGGGUCAGAAAUGCCAGCCGAAAUAGUGGAACUGCACGAAAUCGAAGUAGAGACAAUCGAAACAACAGUUGUUGGGGACGACGGUGAACACCAGCCUAUGAUCGCCUUACAGCCUCUUGACACGGAUGAUCCGAACUCGAUUCACCCGCACCAGGAGGUGAUUUUGGUGCAAACAAGAGAAGAGGUGGUGGGCGAGGACGACUCUGAACUGCACACAGAUGACGGUUUCGAGGACCAAAUCCUCAUUCCAGUGCCCGCCGUGGAGGAGGACUAUAUCGAACAGACUCUGGUUACUGUUGCUGGGAAAAGCUCGUCGACAGGCCGGAUGAAGAAGGCUGGAAGCGGAAAGAAAGCGGGCAAAAAGAGCUAUCUGAGCGGGGGGAGAAAGGGCCGAAAAUGGGAACAGAAGCAGGUCCAGAUAAAGACUUUGGAGGGGGAGUUUUCAGUCACUAUGUGGGCAUCGGAUGACAAGAAGGACAUAGACCAUGAGGAGCAAAUCACAGGAGAAAACUCACCUCCAGAUUAUUCAGAGUACAUGACAGGGAAAAAGCUUCCUCCAGGAGGCAUCCCAGGCAUUGACCUGUCAGAUCCCAAACAGCUGGCAGAGUUUGCACGAAUGAAGCCAAGAAAAGUAAAAGAGGACGAUGCACCCAGGACGAUAGCCUGUCCACACAAAGGAUGUACCAAGAUGUUCAGGGACAACUCAGCAAUGAGGAAGCACUUGCAUACCCAUGGGCCUCGCGUGCACGUCUGUGCAGAGUGUGGCAAAGCUUUCGUGGAGAGUUCAAAACUGAAGAGGCAUCAACUCGUACACACAGGAGAGAAACCUUUCCAGUGCACAUUUGAGGGCUGUGGCAAGCGGUUCUCUUUGGACUUUAACUUGCGCACGCAUGUGCGUAUUCACACUGGAGACCGCCCAUACGUGUGCCCCUUCGACGGCUGCAACAAAAAAUUUGCUCAGUCAACCAACCUGAAGUCUCACAUCCUCACACACGCCAAAGCCAAAAACAACCAGUAAAUCAGCCCUGAACCAGGCUAACAACAACAUGAGCAUACACUGGAGGAUCUGACCUGUAUCUCCGCUCCUUGACAGACAAACUAAUGUCCCAUGGCCUGCUUUGUUGUGAGAAAAGAUGUCCCCUUUGUAUCGUCACUAGAUAAAGAUUUAAACAGAGAAAUGACCUUUUCUCCAACUUUUUGAUAUAUACAUGGAGGGUUUGAAAAAGGAACUUGUGAGAACCCCAACUCCCUCAGGCCUCCUACCCAACUUUGGCGCUACCUGGAUGGAACAAUUUACGGUUUCUUCUUGUGAAGAUAUUAAUUCAUGGAUCUGCACCUAAAAAUGUAUUUAUACCUUAACACAACCAGUUAAAAAGUUUUUGCAAUAUAAGGCAAAUUUGCAUCAGUCCUCAGCAAUGACACCUUUUCAAUUUUGUACUUCUCCCCGAGUGUGCAUAUUGUACACUGUUUGACAUAAGCUCUGUGGUAAUGUAUGUAGUAAGAUUGUCCCUGUAGCUCUUCCUGGAAGAGGUUUCACAGUUUGCUUUACCUCCCCCUUUCCCUUCAUGUGAGUGUGUUUAAAGGGCAGAUUGGGUGGUCUUUGCAUAUUUUCAUUUUGUACAACGCAAUAUCAGAAUCAUGUAGAUAAUAGCCAUGUAAUUUUCAAUAGUGAUCACUGAUUAAAAUGUUUUUUCCCCUUGCA